AUGGCUGGUGCUCCACGUUUUUCUACACCGCCAGCUAUUCGGCAAACGCCAAAUGAUAGUAAUUUAUUAUUUAUUGAAUGUCAAGUGCAAGCAUCACCAAAACCUGAGGUAACAUGGUUUCAAAAUGAUAAAAAGUUACCGGCAACAGCAAAGUAUAAACAAGUGAUAAAAGUAUCAUCAACACCAAAUACCUUCGAUAUAUCAUUGGAAAUAAAUCAAUUAGGACAAACCGAUGCCGGUACAUAUCGAAUUACUGUAAAAAAUAAAACAGGAGAAGUGUCAGCCAAUGUUGACCUCAAUUUUGCAGCUGAAGAUGAUGCAAUACAAGCUCAAGUUGAAAAGCAAGUUUUGACAUUUUAUGACAGAAAUUCAGCUGAAGGUACAUCACCAACAUUUAUUCAAAAACCAAUAAUUAAACAAGAAAAUGACGGCAAGCGACUGGUAUUUGAAUGCAAAAUAGCAGCCGAUCCUAAACCAGAUUUAUCUUGGUCUCGUGAUGAUGUUCCAAUUCAAGAUUCUGGACGAUAUUUAAUUUAUUGUGAUCCACUACCGAAUAAUGCUUAUGUUGCAUGUUUGGAAAUAGAUGAUGUCAAUUCAGCCGAUGCAGGAAAAUAUAAAAUAACAGCUAAAAAUAAAUUAGGCGAAAGUAAUGCACAUAUUAGUUUAAAUUUAGACAAUCAGGAACAAGGUGGUGGUGGCGGCGGUAGUCGUCCAACGUUCACUAUUGCACCACAAAUUCGUAUGUUUGAAGAAUCUGUUCUACUCGAAUGUCGUUGUACAGCUGAACCAGUACCGACUUUUACGUGGAAUCUUAAUGGAAAACCGAUUGUAAUUGGAACAAAAUAUAAACAAGGAAUUUUGUCAGAAGGAAAUAAUCAUACAAUAUUUCUUGAAGUAUUAAAUCAUACUAAAAAAGAUUCCGGUGAAUAUCGUGUUAUAGCAAAAAAUAUAAAAGGCGAUGGUUCAGCUAAUAUACAAUUAAAUAUUGAAGGAAUUGAUUUCAAAUUACCAGAGGGUACUGCACCAACAUUUAUUACUAAACCAACAAUUAAACAAGACGCCAAAUCGGCAACUGUACAAAUCGAUAUUCAAUCCGAACCAAUUCCAUCGAUAUAUUGGACAAAAGAUAGCAGAGAACUAUUAAAUGUUGAUAAAAUCGUAACAAGAAUUGAUCGAAAAGGAACGAAUCGUUAUAGCAUAUUUCUUGAUAUUAAGAAUUUAACAGCAUCUGAUAGUGGCAUUUAUAAAUGUACAUUAGCAAAUGAACUCGGUACCGCAACUGCCAAUAUUGUAUUAAAAGUAGUUGGUGAUAAAAUUAGUAUUGAACAAAGUGAUAAACUUGCACCAUCUUUUGAAAAACCAAAAGUUACCAUAGCAACAGCCAAAAAAUCAAUUACAAUUGAAUGUCGAUGUAAAGGGAAACAAGAACCAAAAAUAACGUGGAAAAAAGAUAAAGUUGAUAUUAAAGAAACACCAAAUAAAUACAAAAUGACUAAAACAAAAGAAUCAGAUGACACAUAUGUAUUUGCACUCGAAAUAUUGAAUUCAACUGUAACCGACACGGGAACGUAUAAAAUAUUUGCCAUGAAUGAUGCGGGAGAAUCACAAACACUGAUUAAUUUGAACGUGGAUGCGUCAGCACAACCUGAAGUUAAGAAUGAUCAAAAAUCAACUACAAUGAAAGCACCAACGUUUAUGGAUAAACCAAAGGAUAUUACUGCUAAUGAUGGGGAAAAAGUUCAAGCACAAUGCAAAAUUACUGGAAUACCAGUUCCUGAAAUAACAUGGUUUUUGAAUAAAAAAGAAGUAAAACCGUCUACAGAAUUUAUUCAAGAAUAUGAUGGUCAAAUAGCAAAAUUAACCAUUCCAGAUGGAUAUGUUGAAGAUAGUGGAGAUUGGAUGUGCGAAGCAUGGAACGAAGCGGGAGAAGCAACAGAAAAUUUUAAGUUGACAAUAAAAGAAAAGAAAGGAAAAGAAAAACGAACAAGAAAACAGCCUUCAAAAUCUACGAAAAAAGACGAAGAACCAAGUAAAAAAGAGCAAAGAAAACAGGUAUUGGAACAACAAAACACCACACAACCACUGAAACAGAAUGAAGCAGUUUCUUCUCCUACAAUUAUAAUACCUACUAUUGGUGAUGAGGACGAUGAAGAUGACGAGUAUAAUGAACUACCAACGAUUCCAUUUAUUCAAAGACCCAGACGAGCAAAACCAUCAGAUAGAGCGAAACGUUUAUCACAAACAAAAUUAGGAGCCAUUUCAGAACUGUCAGGUAUGUUAAGAAAACAAUAG